CAUAUUGUCACAAACUGCAGUUUAGGUAGACUGUGAGAAAAAGGAUAUGGCAGGAUGACGGCAACAAAUGGCAAACCUUUAUUCAGGUUGCAAGCAGUCCAGGAAACAAGUCCAAAAAUAGGGGCAAACAGAAGCCAAAUCAAUGCAGAGAGAAGGCACACAACUGAGCAACUAAUGAAUGAUGCAGCCACUAUGUCAAAAUCUAAGGGAAAGGAGAGGACUAUUUAUACAUAUAAGCACUCAAUUCUGGAAGUUCAGACUGAGGAGGACCCUGGGAAGUCCUUGGACACUUUAAUGGCCAAUGAUCUGUUAAGAAACAAAGGAGUUUUUAAACCCUGUCAGUCAUCAGAAGGUUUCGCCACUUUAAAGUGGAAGGAAGUGAAACUCGAUAUCACUUUUUACCAGAAUGUCAGCAGACUCCAUCACUUCCAAGGAGACACAGCACGAUCCCGGCUCUGAUGUCCCCUCAGCAUCGAUGCAUUCCUACCAAGAAGAGCAGCCUCCAGCCUACUCUGAAGCCCCACCAGUGUACAAACCACCUCAAAUCUCUCGUUAUGAGUCUUUCCAUGACAUAAACCCACAGAUAUCAUCAGAAACGACUCCGCUGGUGUCCUCAUCUUCCUUUGAUGACGAGAUAGUGAGGAAAGGGUUUAUUAGAAAGGUUUUUAGCAUCGUGACGCUCCAGCUGCUGUUCACCUUCACUGUAGUGUGCGUGUUCACCUUCUCCAGCGUGGUCAAAGAGGCAGUGCAAUCAAACAUUUGGGUCUAUCUCAGUUCCUUCAUCGUCUUUGUUGUGGUCGCCAUCGCCCUCAGUUGCUGCAAGUCCUUCAGCCAGCAUCAUCCGUGGAACAUUGUGGCACUGUUUGUUGUCACCGUGAGCAUGUCAUACAUGACGGGGACCAUCGCCUCCUUUCACAACACCACUGCUGUGAUCCUGGCUAUGGGAGUAACGCUGGCCAUUUCUAUCUCAAUCAUCGCUUUUUCAGCGCAGACUCGCUAUGAUUUUACUUAUUGCAACAGUGCUUUGUUGAUUCUGGUCGUGGAUGUCGCCAUGUUUGGGAUAUUUUGCACAUUCUACUACAGCUACAUUGCUGAAGUUAUCUAUGGAUGUCUGGGAGCUCUGUUGUUUUCAUUGGUGAGAGAAGGAACAAGAUCCAUACCUGGUGAUCGACUGUCAGCUGGUGAUGGGGAGGAUGGCCUACAGUGCAGAUCCAGAAGAUUACAUCAACGCUGCUCUCAGAAUCUACCUAGAUGUAGUCCUAAUUUUCCUCUACAUCCUGGGGAGGAGGUGAAACUGCAUAUACAAAACAAACGGACACUUCAGACUGUGGAUUAAAAUGUCCUCUAUCAUUA